GUAAUUUCACUACACGUGGAAGAUUACACCUGAACAGAGUGUCGGUUCAUUGACUCCGAUUCUGCUUCGCAAUCAUUCCCACAUCAUCCUGUCUCUUCAUUGAAUCCCUUGCCCUCAGUUAUAAAUCACAGAGACAAUACGAUGUAUUUCUCACAUAAACAACACACCGAUGCUAUCACCUGUAACACAUAUUCUUAUCCAUGCACAUGGUGUGGUGACAAGUCUCACAAGAAUUUACAUUCCUUGGUGGUGUAAGCAAGCAAAUAAGUUGAAGAGUGAAAUGGUCAGGCACAGGGCCACGGAGAGGAAGAUGCAAAUCCUGGCAUAUCAGGGAAAGCUGUUUUCUGAAAUUGUUAAGAAGGUAAUAUGAAAUGACAUCUGCACUGUUGUCGCUGUUGGAAGAGAAAAGAGUUACUUCUGACACUAUUUCCAAGCCAUCUCUAGUCACCAGCAAAUUCAAGUCAAUAAAUGACUUCCCAGAUGAACUCCUCCUCAAAAUCUUGUCACACUUCAGACCAGAGGAGUUAUGUCUUGUCAUUGCACAAGUUUGUGAACGGUGGAAUGCUUUGGCAAGGGAUGUGACCCUCUGGAAAUCACUUUCUUACAGAUGUGAUAAAUAUUCAGAAUUCAGUAAAGAUGUACAGGUAUUAGCAGAGGCUCCUGCACUACACUCAUUCAUCAUUGACAACCGUGAUGAUGCAUUUCAACUUCUGGAACUUCUGUUUGACAGCUGUGGUUGUCUGAAAAAGCUGAAUCUCCGGUUCUGCUCUCUCAGUGAGGACAGCACUGGCCUCUUAGCUAGUAUUGUGGCCUUCUACCCUAAUCUGGAGGAGCUGACCCUAAAGGGUUGCUUCCCACUUACGGAAGCCGGGUAUUCACUCAUUCCACGCCUGAAGAAACUAUCAGUAUUGGACCUUUCACACUCUGAGGAACUGAGUGGCAAAGCAGUCCGUCUUAUUGCAGAAAGUUGCCAGCACUUAAAGAAACUUAACCUGGAUGAUGUAAGAAAGAUUUCUGAUGACGAUGUAGUGCAUAUCAUCAAAAAACUGGGAAGCCAGCUGAUAACCCUGAUCUUGGAUGGAGAAGAUCUCACAGAUGUUGCAUUUUCUAACCUUAGUAAUUGUGUCAGGCUUCAGGAACUAGAAGUUUCCUUCUGUGACCAAAUGACUAAUAAAGGACUGCUGAAAGGAAUUGGAUCACUGCAGCAACUUCACUCUUUGCAUCUCAAGAAGGGUCACAACUUGACUGCUCGUGGAUUGUCCAUGUUUCUCCAUCGACCUGCUAUGGCUUGCAUGGUGUGUUUGAAUCUUUCGGAAUGUUCCAGCCUGGAUGAUUAUGGUUUGGAAAGAAUUGCAAACAGAUGCGUCCAUUUGAGAACAUUAUCACUCUGUUGGUGCUGGGAUGUGACAGAUGCUGGCAUCAUGAUGGUAAUGAGGUGCUGCAAUCAGUUGCGUGUGCUGGAUCUUCUUGGUGUUGUGUGUAUUACAGGUAUUGGUUACUUUGCACUAGUGCCUUCUCAUCUGCCAUACCUCAGGCGAUUGAAUCUGGAGCAGUGCAACAGGGUGUGUGACAAGUCUGUAGAAGAACUUGUGGCUGCUGCUCCAGAACUGGAAGUUAUUGAUUAUUAUGGUCAUCGUGUGGUAGCAGGAAUGAGUGAGUCGAGUAACAGUACAAGUACUAAAGAGGAAGAUGCUAAGUGGUUGAGUGCAGAUGAAGGUCAUUGACAGAAGUCAUUGGAUCAUGUGUAUUAACUACAAGUGAACUAGCACUUGAAAAUAUUUCAGAAAUAGUAAAUUUUUAAGUACAGGUCCGUUUUUCAGGCACACAUCUUGUGCUGUGGUUGCUUUGCUGGAGAAGUGGAAUUCAUCAUUGGUGGUCACAGGGCAAAACACAAGAAUUUAAACAACUAUAAAAAAUUUCAAAAUGCAUAAUUUAUUUUUAUGCAAUAAUGAAUGAGAAAUUAUUUUUCAUAACAGUUAAUAAUAUUGAAGACAUUGUACUUCCUGAUGGUAGUGUUCAAAGUGCCAUAACAUGUUAUAUGAUAGUUUUGAUCAGGCUUCCUUUGAUUGUCAGCUAAAUAUGAAAGUACGUAUGUAUGUAUGUAUGUAUUUCGUCUCUAUAGAUCAUUGUUACAUGAUAUAGGACAAGUCAGAUACUGUA